GGCCAGGCUCCAGUCAGUGAGAGCUCUCCACCGGGCAGCACAUGGAGGAGAAGCCGCUUCACUAGUUUCAUCCUGGAAAUAUCCACCGGGACCCCGGAGGAAAGGGCCUGCAGUCACACUCAAGGGUAGAAAGCUGCUCAUUGCAGUGAGUCAGUAUCAUGGAGGCAGGCAGCGGGGCUGCCGCAGCUGCUGGGAGUGCAGCACUAGGACUGCUGGGAGCCACAACCACAUCCAGCCAUGACAUCUUGGACAGUGGUCUGAGGCCUGGGCGUCACCCAGAGGAGGACGAUAUCGUGCCGGAACUGGCCCACAUCCAUCCCAGAGAGAGACCUGACUGGGAGGAGACCAUCAGUGCCAUGGCAAGGAGUGCAGAGAUCCCUGAGCUGCGAGCUGAGCCCCUCAUGCGUUCGUGCAGCAGCAGCACGGCCAGCAUGAAGGUCAAGAAUGUCAAGAAACUUUGCUUUACCAAGGGCCACUUCCCAAAACUGGCAGAGUGCGCUCACUUCCACUAUGAAAACGUGGACUUUGGCACAAUUCAGUUGUCCCUCGGGGAUGAACAGUGUGAAGUCACAAGGAACGGCUAUGACUCUAAGGAGCUGGUGUAUUUAGUUAAUAUUUACUGCCAGGGUCGAAGCUGGAUUGUGAAGCGCAGCUAUGAGGAUUUCCGUGUCCUGGACAAGCAUCUACAUCUCUGCAUCUAUGACCGACGCUUUUCACAGCUGCCUGAGCUGCCUCGAUUGGACAGUCUGACUGAUCAGUCAGAGUCAGUUUCCCAGAUGUUGUUAGCGUACCUCUCCCGGCUCUCAGCCAUUGCUGACAACAAGAUCAACUGUGGGCCUGCCCUCACAUGGAUGGAGGUUGACAAUAAGGGGAAUCAUCUGUUGGUCCAUGAAGAGUCGUCCAUCAACGUGCCAGCUAUCGCUGCCGCCCACGUCAUCAAGCGCUACAUCGCUCAGGCCUCAGACGAGCUGUCCUUCGAGGUUGGCGACAUCGUGUCAGUUAUUGACAUGCCUCCUAAAGAAGACACCACAUGGUGGAGGGGCAAGCAUGGCUUUCAGGUUGGCUUCUUUCCCAGCGAGUGUGUGGAGCUCAUAAAUGAUAAGGUGCCGCAGUCCAUGACCAAUUCGGUGCCAAAACCAGCCACCCCCUCCUCUGGCCCGCCGCCCGCUUCUUGGAGCCUCUUCCCCCCCUACUUGGAGAUGGAGAGUGUAAUACAGGACAAUGCAUGGGUGGCCGACCCGCUAAACCACUACAGCAUAAGCUCAGUGUCUAAGAAGCACGGGAAGCUGAUCACCUUCUUGCGCUCCUUCAUGAAGUCCCGGCCCACCAAGCAGAAGCUGAAGCAGAGGGGCAUUCUCCGGGAGAGGGUGUUCGGAUGCGACCUCGGAGAACACCUCCUGAACUCAGGAUACGAUGUGCCCCAGGUCCUCAAGAGCUGCACCGAGUUCCUCGAGAAACAUGGUGUGACGGACGGCAUCUACCGCCUCUCUGGGAUCGCCUCAAAUAUCCAGAAACUGCGGCACGAGUUUGACUCUGAGCAGAUCCCCGACCUGACCAAAGAUGUUUACAUCCAGGACAUCCACUGCGUUAGCUCGCUGUGCAAGCUCUACUUCAGAGAGCUGCCCAACCCCCUGCUCACCUACCAACUCUACGAGAAGUUCUCUGAUGCCGUAUCAGCAGCAACGGAUGAAGAGAGGCUCAUCAAAAUCCAUGACGUCAUCCAGCAGCUUCCUCCACCGCAUUACAGGACUCUGGAGUUCCUCAUGAGACACCUCUCUCACCUGGCAACAUUCAGCUACAUCACCAACAUGCACAGCAAGAACCUGGCUAUUGUCUGGGCCCCCAACCUGCUGAGGUCUAAACAGAUUGAAUCUGCGUGCUUCAGUGGGACUGCGGCCUUCAUGGAAGUCAGAAUCCAGUCUGUGGUGGUGGAGUUCAUCCUCAACCAUGUGGACGUUCUCUUUAGCACUAAACUCAGCACACUUAUACGAGAGGGAGCAGGUCACAACUCGUUGUCACGGCCGAAGUCCCUGCUGGUUUCAUCACCCUCCACAAAACUAUUGACUCUGGAGGAGGCCCAGGCCAGGACUCAGGCUCAGAUCAACUCUCCGGUCACUGAAGACAGCAAGUACAUUGAGGUGGGCGAAGGUCCAGCUGCCCUGCAGGGCAAGUUCCACACCGUCAUCGAGUUUCCCACCGAGAGGAAGAGGCCGCCUAUUAAAUCCAAGAAGUCCCCUGUGGGUAGUUGGCGUUCUUUCUUCAACCUGGGCAAGUCUUCCUCCAUGUCCAAGCGCAAGCUUCACCGCAAUCCCAGUGAACCAAAUGAACUGAAAGCAAUGGCUCUCGCUGGAGGCAGAGGAGACACAGCAACGUUAAGAUCAGCCAAAAGUGAAGAGUCACUGAGUUCCCUGCAUAAUGUGGAAGGAGAGUCCAAGGUGUACCGUCCUCGGAGGCCACGCUCAAGCAGCGAUGCCCUGUCAGCCUCCUUUAACGGCGAGCUGCUGGACAGCCGGCAGCUCUGCAACUCCUAUGACAACCUUGACGGCACAGAGGACAGCGACGGAGACGACGGGCCCAUCUGUGUGCCUGCUCUCAUCUCACCUCCCCGCUCAGCAGGCGAAGAUGUGGACCUCAGCCCACCAGACAUUGGCAUGGCCUCCUUGGACUUUGACCCCAUGUCUUUCCAGUGCAGUCUCCCAGACACCUCCUAUGCCUUCCCCCGAGAUGACUCACCAGCCGGGGCUGAGGCCUCCACAUUAAAGAGGAGCCCCGGCAGCAUCUGUGGCAAGACCAAUGGCUCCGACAUCUCUGCUGCCUUCCUGGGCUGCUUGUCUACCCCCUUGUUUCCCACAGACUUCAGUGGUGUUGCUGGAGAGAACAUGGAAAGCAAGAGAUUGACCACUUCCUAUUCUUAUACUGAUAAACCCACACAGGCUGUGUCGCCUAUUAAAUCUGGAAAGUCCAUUAGCAUGAGUCCUUUUACCACUUCACAGAUUUUCUCUACAGAGAUGCCUGACACAGAUGUAGCUGGACAGGCUCAAUAUCCACAACCAUUACCUCUUCCUGUAAUACCCAAGGACUCUCCUCCCCUGAUGGGCAGCGUGCUGCUGAGGGCAGCUGAGCUGUCCCUGGGUGAAGCUUUCCAAAUGGAGCUGCACACGAAGCUGGCAGCAUUUGACAACAUAUACAGUCGAGAAGUGAAGGGAGAGGACAGUGUUCAGCAGGCACCAUCAGCCAGCAGCCCAAAUCACCAAGGAGUUUUAGCCUCAGCCCCGGACUCUUCAAAGGACCUCACCCCUCAUUCCCUCAGCUCCACAGCUCCCCCCUCUGCCCCUCCUCCUCCUCCCCCUCCUAAAAAUGCUGCCCGCAUGUUGGCCCUUGCCCUCGCUGAGUCUGCCCAGCAGGUCUCCAUCCAGUAUCAGUCAUGGUCCUCUGAUCCCGCAACACCAGUGUCCCCUCUGCAGUCGCAUGAUGCCUUUGACUUCCAGGAUUCGCCGCAUCAACUGGACCCAGAUUUCCAGAGUUCCUCUGAGGAGAGAGCUGAAAGGGAAAGUUCCCCACCACCAAACGGCACUGCUGCAGCUUUCACCACAGUCUCAUCUUAUCCCUCUGCUCCCAGUCCUCCAAUCAAACAGCAGCCGCUUGAGUUUACUGGCACGAUCACCAAGCCAUCAGACAGUGCCAAGUCCUCAAGAGGUCCACCUGGACCACAGCCACCUAAAGACCCCACCCCACCAGACACUCCUCUUUACAAGUUCGCGCCACUCCCUAGUUCAGUAAGCCCGACUUCUCCAACCAGGAGAAGUCCAGAAAGACAGCAGGCUGUUGCAGGACAGGUCCCAGUCCAUACCAGCUCAUCCACUUCCACCCUAGCCUCCACCCCCAGUGGCAGCUGUAAAGACAGAGGAGUCUUACCACAACCUGGUCCUGAGGUUAAAUCAGAGGGAACUGCACCACCAGCAAUCCUUCCAAAACCUUCAGAACAGCCGCCUCCGAUUGCUCAAAAGCCCAAAAAGCAGCCCUCGCCGCAGCAUCAGAAACAAGCCCAGAGACAGACUCAUCUCCCUACACCGCCUCAACCUCAGACGCAGCCUCAGACACAAGUCCAUUCCCAGCCUCCGAAUCUCUCAAAGGCCAGUGCAAGAGUGGCCCCCACCUCUGCUGAGCCUUUUGAGAAGCCUUGGGAGGCCAUUAGGCCAGUACAGCCCUGCACAGAUUCUGCAAAGUAUCAUGACUCUUAUGGACCAAAACCUCCUGCCCCUCCUGUCCGCACCAUCGAGAGCAAGCUGGCCACUGCAGCGCUUAGCCAAAGUGAAGCCUCCUAUCACAUCAUGGAUGAGAGCCCUGCACCUGGCCACCAUGAAGAUGCUCUGCCUCACCAUCCUCUUUCUCCUCAUAAAUCUUCCAUGCACCAGCCAGCCUACUUGUAUCACGGUAAAGAAGAGGCUGUUUUAAUUGAACCUCCAGGAAAUGCAUACUACCACCAGAGGCCUGUUCCUCUGGGCCCGCAGACCAUGCCACACCACUACCGGCCUGACAGUGUCCCCCCACACCUCUCCUAUGUGUCCAAGUCUGAGCCUCAGAUACCUUACAGUGCCAGAGUAGACAACAGAUACAGCACUUUAGGCCCAAGGUCAUACCACCACUCCAUUAAGUCCAGAGGAAACCCCCGCAGUGUGUUUGUGUCUCCGGGCCCAGGGCAUCAGGGUUAUAGCCACGACCGAAACCAAGGCUAUCCCACCAUCCGUAGAGUGCACUCACUCCAUGUUCCUUCCGCUGUCCGCUCAGCGCCCAUCCAAAGGACUGAGGUUCCUCCAGAAGAUGACAUGUUCGUCUACCACAGGCCCAUGUAUAAGUGCAAAGCCUACCAGCAGACCCCACAGCAGGCCCAGCAGCCGCCCCCGCAGCAGUCUUCACAGCAGUCCUCACAGCAGUCCUCACAGCAGUCUUCACAAGCGGACUACCAUGUUACUCAGCUGCAGCCUUACUUUGAGAAUGGGCGGGUCCAGUAUCGCUAUAGUCCGUACUCUGGUUCAAGCCCCCUGGAGGCUCCUUACUAUGACAUCGACCCUUAUGGCACCAUCCGAAUCCGGCACAUCCACUCCUAUGGCAGCCGAGAUCCUGGAGCUGCUGCUGGCCGACCAGGUGGAAAGUCGACUGGCUACCACUACCUUGCUCACCAUGUUAUCCCACCAGGGAAGGAGCACAGCUUUGUGAGCAGGGACAUGCCCCCCAGCCAUGGGACAAAGGAAACUGCUUCUUACCUCUCUUGGGACCCCGAGGAGUCAGAAAGGCUUCGCAUGCACUCCAUCCGCAGGGAGAGCCGGGCCAGACAGAGGAUUAAAGGCCCCGUCCUCUCUCAGUAUGACAACGUCGGCUUGUUCACACCACCAGAUAUAUCAGGUUAUGAAACCCUACACCUGCGCAGUAAAUCUGACCCAGGUAAAGCUGUGCUGCUUGUAGCCGAAUGCAAAGAUGGCCGCUACCUCCCCAGACACAUGGUGUCAGACCCUGACGUCCUCAUGUACAUGGAGACUGACAAGCACGUCCAUGGCAGUGUAGUGGGUGACAAGUCGGAUGGACAUACCAAGCAAAGCAGUUCCAAAAAAUGCCAAUCCUCUCACUCCCUUCCUGCUACUCUGAGCCACAGUCUAUCCCAUCAGCAGGAGAGUGGCCGACACGAGGCCAAGUACGAGACUGGAGACGACCAGCUGUGUGGAGACAGCGGCAGGUUGAAACACUGGCAGCAAGAGUAUCCCAACCAGAGGAACUUCCAACCACGAUACGAGUGUCCUGAUUCUGACCACCACCAGAGUAAAGUGAAACCGUCAAGUGGCUACCACAGUGCGGAAGACCCUCCCUCAGCUCCAAGGGAACAAGUUGCCCGCUCCAAAUUGGAGCGAUCGCACAGCGUCCGAGAGCAGCAGCACUACAACCAGGGCAUAGCCGAUGUGGACAGAGACUACUCAUAUCAGAAACAUGGCACGAAACCGCCACAGUCCCACUAUGAUAACUUGGACGAUUACCACCCAGUACCUCAACCUCAGGCUCCGGUCCAAAAACGUGGAGGGCCCGGCUCCUUUCCCGCCCCUGGAUUCUCAGCGAGCAACAGAGCGUACUCCACAGCACUGGGCCAGGGAGGCUAUAUCCAGACUGAGCUGGCCAUGCAGAGGGCAGAUACAGAGAUCCGUACAGAAUGAAGCAUUUAGGGAGGAAACAUGUGAAAUUAUCUUUAGCUGUGUUGAAGAAAGACUAAUGAGCUAAGGUUGAGCAGCCUCUGCAGGACAGUGGACUGUCGCAUCACCGAUAUUUUUGCUCCUUUGUAUUUUUAAUGAAUUGUAAAGAAAAUUGUAUGACUUUUGACAGAAAGUCUUGAAUGUACCUGAAAUUACUGUUCAAGAGGUCAUGUUAUUGUGAUUGAUUGAGACAGUACCCAGUCAAAAAUGUAUAUGAUAUGAAAGACGUUAGGUACUUUCAACAGGAACUACAAAAAUUUAAAAUAUAUAUAUAUAUAGACUAUAUAUAUAUAUAUAUAUGAAUUUAGAAUUGCUAGUAAAAAGGGAUUUUUAGUUGUAUUUUUUUUAGGCGUGGCGCGUGGGUAUGAGCAUCAACUGGGAUUACGGUUUGCAUUUUAGAAAUGCAUGCACUCUAUCUCUUACAGAACAGUUCUGUGUAGUUCACUAUCCAUUGCGUUCUUUCUGGAUGUUACAGCACAAGUUAUUGAAGGAGGAAACAUGUAGGUCAUGACGCCCCCACUCUGCUAAUAUGUACUCAAGUCGGCGGCAAGGUGUAUCCAUGUUUUUCUUGAAGAAUCCAGCUGAGAGUGAAUUUUUAAUAAGGAGCUGCAGUGGGUUUCUUUCAGUUAAUAUAAAGCUUAUCAAUCUCUCAUUUUCUCUGUGACUGUGCCAUUUUUACAUAACUUUGCUAUAAAUAGAUUUGAUUUCUUCUGAAGGAAUGUUUUGGUACUUGUCUGUUCUCACAUAGAAGAGGGACCAAAAGACUCGGGGCAGUUGUUGCACAUAAAGUGGGGAAGUGUGUCAUAGCUUUAGAUUUGUACCCAGGUGUGUCAGAAGUCGUUUUUAUUUUGUCAUCACAAUCAAAGUACUCUCAUGAACUGGACUAACUGAACAAAUCUGAAAAUGACAGCCUCUCAAACAACGUGGCAAGGAACAUGUUGCCGCUGCUUUGUGCAAAGAAAACAACUUGGUGACGAGCCUUAAAUUUUGUUCCUACAGACGUGAUUUUGUUUACUGUCAUUGUCAUACAAGCCCAUUGUCAUAAUGCACAAACAAUGUGAUAGAAUUCAGAUCACUCUUGGGGAUUCUUGGCAGUUCAGGGUUUGCAGGUGACCUGCUGUGGUUAUUCAGUUUUGUAUCGCCUCACUGGUCCUGAGUUUAAAACACUGGGGGAUGGAAAGUUUUUUUUAAGAUAUCUGGGGCCACUUUUUUCAAGCUGGAUACUAAUGUAUAGUACAUUCAUCUGGUAUUAUACUACAUGACCUUUUGGUUCAUCAUAAUGUAAACACUAUAAUAUGUUCAACUGUCUAAAUCCAGGUUGUACUCUGUAACCGUUUUACUUCUAUAUUGCUUGCAGGUUUUGCUCCUCUUGCCUUAUCUAAAGCCUCUUCCUUUUCAGAUGGGGUGUAAAAGUAAGGCACUGUGUACUUGAAUGUGAAAACACUCUUGUCUCAAACUAGAGGUAUCUAAAGUUAGAGAUGAAAUAAAUAAAAGUGGUCAGGAAUAACUGUAA